AUGAAUGCUUCCAGUGAAAUGGAACAUUUCAGGGAAGACUAUCUUCUUUUUGAAAUAACUCGGAGGGGAUGUGAUGACAAAUAUUUAGAGAAUGAUCCCUACAGUCAGAUAUUCAAAAUUUACAACAUCCUCGUCCUUGCCCUUGCUCCACUCAAUGUUCUGCUGAACGGCCUUUCUCUAAGGAUAUUUGAGCAUCGCCUAUGGAAGAACAGUUCUUUGAGUGCAAUCCUCAAGAGUCUUUCUGUCUUUGAGAUCUGUUUUGGGUGCAGUCUUUUCUUUCAUACCAUCACAAGCAAAAGUCUCGAACUUUAUAUUAAUAAGGAAGGUCAAAUUGUGGGCAAUCUUACCGAUCGUCGGAGCCAGCACCAUGUCCGACUUAUGGCCGCACUUAUUGUUAUACAUCAAGGGCUCAGUGGUUUCCUGUUUGCCUUUCAGCUUAGCAGAAACUGGUCUGUAGUACUUCUAGCGGCAUAUAGAUACGAAGCCAUUUGUCGCAAACUGGGCACCGUAUCCUCCUUUCCUAGAGAGAGGAUUCCCUUAAUCAUGAUAAUCACUCUGAUUUCAGCGGGUCUUUUCGCCCUCCCACGCAUGUUCGAGGUAAAAUCCUACAUUUGUGUUCCAACAGCAAUUAUAUAUCAGGAAGAACCGUUGCUCGCACGAAGCAUAAUCUACCAACUUAUCUACCUUGGAAUUGGUACAUUUAUUGUUCAGUCCGGGGGACCUGUACUUUGUGUAUGCGUACUAAGCUCUUUCGUCAUCCGCAAAAUAGCAAUUCGGCGUCGGUUUCGUCGACAGAACCAGCGAACAGUGUUGGUCACUUCUAACAAGGAUGAUCCCAGUUCAGGCGUGGAAACUCUAGCAGCCACGAAAACCGUUGAAAGAAACCAACCCUCUGGUGAUAAACUAAUGCUUGCACUGUGCUUCACCUUUUUUAUCCUGGAAACACCUGCGUUCUUCAGCAAAAUUCUAAGUUCCUACACCUCUAAAUAUCACCCCACCGUUGACGUGUACAUGUCUGUGAUCGCAAAUCUCCUUAUAUACCUUGAUUCAACUUUUAACGCUUUCGUCUACAUGGGCUCUAACCCAACAUUUAGACAAGUUGCAAAGCUGAUGUUUGGAAGGAAGGAGAAAAGUAAACAGUCAAAGCCAAGCAAAAGUCGAAGUAAGUCAUUCAUGCGGUAA